GUGGCACAUCAUUCGAGUGGUGAAGUUCAUUUGCAAUAAGUCAUUUAAAUACUUAAUUUCAAAAAAUAAGAAAAAAGAAUGGAAAGUUUCCUUGUCUUUGCGCUAGUUGCUUUAAUUUUAGUCUCAGCAGUUCAAUCCGAACUUUGUGAAAUCACGGCGGGCAGUAGUAUAAAGUGGUCCCGUCACCCGGACGAUUGCUCUACGGCAUAUAUGUGUCUUCUUGGAAAGGUAGUUUCGUACACAUGCCCUGAGGGAUAUGUUGUUAGUUCAGAUGACGUUUCUUGCAUUCCUGCUGGCUCACAAUUUGAUGAUUGUACGGAGUUAGAACGAAUAAUUUUACACGACGUUGAAAUUACGCCAUUGAAUAUUGCAUCGUCAUGUAAAGAAGGGAAUAAAUUACAAGAUGAGGCUAAUUGUGCGAUGUACUCGGAAUGUGUGGCUUUACCAGAUGGUAACACUACAAUGGUGUCCCAAGAAUGCAAAUACCCUUUUCUAUUUAAUGUUAAGUCCGGAAAAUGUGAACAUUUCAAAGAUGUCAAGUGCGAUCCAGGACAAAUUGUACCAAAAAGUCCUUGCGACUACAAAGCAUUUCAAUGUUCGUCUGCUCAAUGUAUUCCUUGUAACAUCCGGUUCCCAACAUGCACCGGGCUUCCGGACGGACUGAAUCCAUGGGUUGGUCGUGAAUGGACGCCGGAUUACGUAACAUGUGAAGAAGAACGAGUCAUACUUCAAGAUCAAUGCAAAAGUGAGAAAGAACCACAAGUGUUUCACCCCAAUGAAAAGACAUGCGUUGUGUAUGACGUCAAAAAGAUUGUUGGAUAGAAACUGACGUGAACAUUUUCAAUGGCAUCGAAUCUCAGCAUACUCAUUUGAACACUUAACUUAUUCGCGAAAUACUCGAUGAAUAAAUCUUAUUAAAGAAAAAAUGCUUUCUUUAUUAACCCUAUAUAGUGCGGAGAUAAGCCCUGGUGAGAGUCACAAGGUCGAAUUCCUGUUAUCUCGUACAUUACCUUAAUCUAUAGAACAGAAAAUCG